AUGUCUGAAAGAGACUAUGCACCUUUGAGUACAGCAUGCGUUCGUGGGCUAUGUGAUAAAUUGUACGAAAAACGGAAAUUUGCUGGUGUUGAAAUAGAGAAAAUGGUUAAAGACUUUAAUGAUGCAAAUAACACAAGUCAAAUAAAGAAAUUAAUAAGGGUCUUGGGCCAAGAUUUGAUGUCAUCCACAAAUCCUAAUGUGAAAAAUGGAGCUCUGAUGGGUUUGUCUUCUGUUGCUGUGGGAUUGGGCAAGGGCUGCUCAGUGUACCUGAGCGAGCUGCUCCACCCGAUAGUGGCGUGCGUGAGCGAGGGCGAGUCGCGCGUCCGCUACCUGGCCGCCGAGGCGCUCUUCAACGUGCUGAAGAUAGCGCGGGGCGCGGCGCUGGCGCACUUCCCGCUGCUGUUCGACGCGCUGGCGCGGCUCGCUGCAGACCCGGAGCCGCAGGUGCGCCAGGGUGCGGAGCUCCUGGACCGUCUGGUCAAGGACAUCGUGACGGAGAGCGGGUCGUUCGAGGCGGCGGCGUUCGUGCCGCUGCUGCGCGAGCGGCUGUACGCGCGCGGGGCGUGCGCCCGCCAGUUCGCGGCCGGCUGGGUGUCGGCGCUAGACGCGCUGCCCGCGCUGCCGCUGCUGCCGCACCUGCGCGACCUGCUCGACCCCAUGCUGCACAUGCUGGACGAGCCGCACCCGGAGAUCAGGCGCAUGUGUGAAGUGCAACUGAACGAAUUUUUAAGAAGCAUUAAGAAGGACCCCUCACAAGUUGAUUUUCAAGCAAUGAUCAACAUACUAAUAACACAUGCUCAGUCCACAGAGGAACUGGUACAGUUAACAGCAAUAACAUGGAUCAAAGAAUUUGUGGAGUUGGCUGGGCCUAGUAUGUUGCCUUAUGCUUCGGGUAUUUUGUGCGCCGUUCUGCCAUGUUUGGCCUACUCGGAUGAAGCCAGGAAAAACAUUAGAGAGACAGCGGCAACGGUCAACUUCCAACUGACGAAGCUCAUAGUGCCCAGCUCCCCCGAGACCACGCCUGCCUCUGAUGUAGAAAAGACGACGGAGGCCGACGAGCUGGAGGAGGACGUGCCCAUGGACCUGGAGGGGAAGCUGAACUUGGACGCCGUGGUCAGAGUGCUCACCCAGAUGCUGCACCACAGCUCCGUUCACACCAAAGUGGCGGUUCUGGACUGGAUCCUGCACCUCUACAACAAACUGCCAAAUGAGAUGUUCGCGCAGACGGAGGGCGUGUUCGCCAGCGUGGUGGGCAGCCUCACCGACCCCGCCGACGAGGUGGUGCGCCGCGCGCUGGCCGUGCUGGCCGAGAUCUGCUCCUGCCCCGGCGCGGCCAGCCUGGAGUCCAGCCCCUACUACUGCAAGUUCCUGCAGGCCCUGCUCCGGCUGCUGGCGGCCGACGAGAACCUCUUGGAGGACAGGGGCUCCUUUAUCAUACGGCAGCUGUGCGUGCUGCUGAACGCGGAGGACAUAUACAGGGCGCUGUCGAAGAUCCUGCUGGAGGAGAGGAACCUGCGCUUCGCGGCGACCAUGGUGGACUUGCUCAGCACCAUCCUGCUCACGGCCGCCGAGCUGUACCACCUGCGGCUGCAGCUGAGGAACAUGGAGAAGCCGGGCACGGCGGAGCUGUUCGAGAGCCUGUACCGCUGCUGGUGCCACAGCCCCGUCUCGCUGCUGGCGCUGUGCCUGCUCACCCACCACUACGAGCACUGCAACCGCCUCAUCACCACUUUUGGCGAUUUGGAGAUCACGGUGGACUUCCUGACUGAGGUGGACAAGCUGGUGCAGCUCAUCGAGUCGCCGAUAUUCGCAUACCUGCGGCUGGAGCUGCUGGGCGGGGCGCAGAGCGGGGCGCUGCGCAGCGCGCUGUUCGGGCUGCUGAUGCUGCUGCCGCAGAGCGACGCGUUCCACGCGCUGCGCCACCGGCUGCACUGCGCCCCCGCGCCCCCCCCCCACGCCCCCCGCGCCCCCCGCGGACCCCGCCCCCGGCGACGCCCGCCUCGAGCCGCUGCUGCGCCACUUCCAGCGCGUGCAGGAAGCCCACCGCCAGUACAAGAUGCUGGACCGGCCCCGCGCCAAGCUCUACUCCUAGCCCACAUCCGCCGACGA